UCGGAAAAUAUCCGACGGCUGACCGCACACACUCGUGCACAUGCUCGUCUGAAUUCUAUUCGCGAUAAACCACUUAUUAGUUGUGUGCUGUACGCACUUGUUAUUACGAAAUACUCUCGAUGAUUAACCGACUUUCAUGCUACUACCGAAUUAAAAUUAGAAAAGCCGACAAGAGUGUCGAGAAAAGACCGCGAGGCAACACAUGCUCUCCGCACAACAAGCACGGCUAACUAAAUCACUGGUACACAGGUACAUACUCGUGAACUACGUGUAUCCAAUGUACGCUGCGCGCGCACCUCAUCUAGUAUAUACGGAGUAUGCAUGUUAUGUUUACAUUCCAUUUAUUUAAGGAAAGUCGGAAGUGCUUUUGUACAUGAUUGGAAGUUAUACAUAACAAAUGUUAUUUAAGAUUCAAACCGUGGAUUAAGAAUAUAGAUUCAAACGUCCAUAAUGUCCAUUCUUGGGAUAAUAAUUUGCCAUGUGAUGCCGUGAGGUUAUGAGAACACAUAUUUUACCAUCAUUAGCAAACCAAUGGACAAACUCAUUGAGGAAAUUACUACCUUAGGUUGUGAAUCCAAAGAAGAUGCCACUUUAUGUGCUUUAACAUAUUUAGAACUCCUGAGAAGACAGGAUAAACAAACUCUUUCUGAUACAACCUUUCAUUUUAAUGGACAUAUUAAAAAGGCAUAUUGUCAGACAAGAGUGGGUGAGAAAAGUGGACCAAUGAAGUUAUUUGUUCCUAUAAGCAGUUCAUUGGCUUUGAAUCCUCAAAUUUGGGAUGAUUAUUUUGCUUUAAUUACUGACAUACACAUACCAAAUUGUGUGGUACUGGUUAUUUGGGAGGCUGAUAGUACUUUUGUGUUUUAUGAAAUAUCAAAAGGAUUAGGAUCACCUCCAAAUAAAAAAAGUAAUAAACAAUCACGUCGAAAGAAAUCAAUGGUGCAAAAGAAAGUUACGGAAGUACCUGAACUAAAAAGACAAAAAGAUACAUCUGAUGUACCUGGGCCAAGUACUGAAUCUUAAAAAAGUGUUCUUGUUUAUUGUUUAAUGUUCAUUAUGCAGUUCUAUCUUUAUGAAUUACAUACUUUAUAAUUCAACUUAUGAUGUACAGUAUUAAGUUUCAUGAUAUUUCACCCAUUCAUGCGCUCUACUGAGUCGUUUAAAAUCACUCAUAUUUAUAUGGAAAGUAUAAUUUAUAAUAUGUAUAUUAAAGCAUUGAAAAAUUAGGUAAAUAUGUACAUAAAUAUGUUGAUUUAUUACGAUUAAUAAAUGUAAUGUGUGUAUAUCGUCUACAAGGCAAUAAAGACUAAGAAUACUAACAA